CGCCUCGUCUCUACUUCUAUUCACAUGACGGGGCGUUUCCCAUCUUGCUGCUGCUGCUGCCCCCAUUGUUAGGUUCUUCCAGGUCUCUCUUUCACUCUCUCUUCAGGCAAACAGUCAUGUAUCUCAAGGCGGAAUUGUCGUGGAACGUAGUGGUGCCUGCCGAGCAGGUGUAUGGUGAACGGCUGCUUCUCCAAAGAUCUAUAAUGUUGCAAUUGUUGGAGGACUUCUCAAACCGCAAAGGUAACUCGGACUACGGGUAUUUUUUGGCUCCUACUGUCUUGGAACGCAUAGGGGACGGAAAGAUCAGGCAGGAUUCAGGCGACGUUCUCUUCCCUGUUGUUUUCAACUGUAUCACCUUCAGACCGUUCAAGGGAGAGAUCCUGUGUGGCGUGGUAAACAAGGUCAUGAAAUAUGGGGUUAUCCUAAGCUGUGGUCCCAUUCCACAAGUUUUUAUUUCAGUUAGAAAGAUGGGAGAUUACCAUCACUUUCAUGGAGAGAAGCAAGUUUUCCAGAAUGACAAGGACUCCAAGAUAGAGAUGGAUGUGCAAGUUCGUUUCAAGGUCCUUGGUGGGAAGUGGAUUGAAACGGAAAGUCAAUAUCAUGUCUUGGGAACCUUGGAAGGUGAUUAUCUGGGACCUAUCUUCAGAGGUGAAAGCAAAUUUUGAAGGAACAGAGUUGGAGGGGAGAAAGUAUCCUGCACCUGCUAAUCUGUAGUACUGAGUCUACAGAAGCUUUCUGCAAUAUAGUGUUGCAGAAGAAAUUGUACAAGUAAAUUUUCAUUUCCAUGCCAUAGGGGGAUUGUAGCUCCAUUGUUACUGAAGGGGUUCUGAAGAAUCUUAGUGUCAUGUACUGCCCAGCGAUUUGAAAUUGUUCAAUGACUUAAGACAUGGAUUCACCAAAAAUUGAACCAUGUUGUUAAAUUCAGCUGAGUUGAUUGCCAGUUCUUGCAAAAUACUAGUGUACUGGGAAUGACUUUUGGUUGCAGUACCCAGUUUGUGUAACUUUCCUCAGAUUAGAACUUUGUCCUUUUGGGGUUUGGUAAAUAUCAUAUAUACAACUUCCAUCAGGAAUUCAUAAACACAGAGGAAGAGGAUAAAUGCUCUAUGGAGCAGAACAAAUUCAACUCCCGCAACCGGAAAAAAAAGAAGAAGAGAGAAGGUAAAUCGAAAUAUCAAAUAUCAGUUCUCUUUAUUUAUAAAACAAGAAAGAAAAUUCACCAAGUGGAAUUCUUUUACUUCUAAACAAACAACAAAGAA